AUGUAUCAAAACACGUUGUUUUUAACAAUUGUAGCAGCACUUCAUAUUGCUGCACAUAAAUUUGGUUACGAUGCGGUGGAUGGGCCCCGUACAUGGCGAGGAAUAUGCCAAACUGGGAAACGUCAAUCACCUGUAGAUAUUAGAGCAUUUGAAAUCGAAAUUGCACCUUUAGAACCUUUACAAUUUUUGAAUUACAAUCUUAACGGUCAUAUUCAUUUGGCAAAUAAUGGACAUACUGUGAUUGGUUCCGGCUUUGAGGGAUGGGGUGAGGAGCGACCGUAUAUUUCUGGCGGUAGUCUUAAUGGUACCUAUCAAUUGUCACAGUUUCAUUUUCAUUGGUCACAGCAAAAUGAUACUGGAAGUGAGCAUACCAUUGCAUCAUUGCAUUAUCCUGGCGAGCUACAUUUAGUGCAUGUCAAAAAAGAUCCAUAUCCAGAUGAAGUAAAUACCAUUGCUGUUGUAGCCGUAUUUAUAAGACUUGAUGAUCGUGUUGGAUCAUUGCAUUAUCUUAAACCUUACAUUCAUAAUAUCAAAAUGCCAAAGACGGAACUUGUGGUGCCAAGUUUUAGCGUCAAUUCAUUGCUUCCAGGACGUAUAGAAAAUUUCUACAGGUAUGAAGGAUCAUUGACAACACCUGGUUGUGAUGAAGCUGUUGUAUGGACAGUAAUGGCAGAUCCUAUCACAGCUACUCCAUCACAAAUGCGAGCAUUUCAUCAGAUUCAUUUUGCAUCCGGAAAGACUGGACAUAAUUGGCGUCCAACACAACCACUUAAUGGUCGUAAAAUACUAUUCCGUCCAACAGUAACUCAUAGAAAUACGAAUGGCGUUGCUAUGUUGCAGCCAAUUUUUGAAAUACUUAUGAGUAUUUCACUCUGUGGAAUAUAUUAUAAUUUGUCAAUAAUUUUUUAG